AACGCCAUCCACGAGACCGGGUGGGCCUUGCUGGAGUUGGGCACAAGUGGCCGCUUCAAUGACAGCCUGCAGGCCUACGCGGCAGGCAUGGUGGAGGCUGCCGUGUCGGAGGAGCUUAUCUACAUGCACUGGAUGAACACGGUUGUGAAUUACUGCGGCCCCUUUGAGUACGAAGCUGGCUACUGUGAGAAGCUCAAGAGCUUCCUGGAGACCAACCUUGAGUGGAUGCAGGAGGAGAUGGAGCGGAACAAGGACUCCACUUACUGGCACCAGGUCCGGCUGGCCCUCCUGCAGUUGAAGGGCCUGGAGGACAGCUACGGAGGCCACGUGACCUUCCCAACUGGGAGAUUCACCAUCAAACCCUUAGGGUUCCUCCUGUUGCAGCUCUCGGGGGACCUGGAAGACCUGGAGCCCGCCCUGAAUAAGACCAAGACCAAGCGGUCCAUGGGCUCCGGCUCGUGCUCUGCCCUCAUCAAGCUGCUGCCGGGCCAGCGGGACCUCCUGGUGGCCCACAAUACCUGGAACUCCUACCAGCACAUGCUGCGCAUCGUCAAGAAGUACUCCUUCCAGUUCCACGAGGGCCCCCAAGAUGACUCCCUGCUGAUUCCAGGCAACAAGCUCAUCUUUUCUUCCUACCCGGGCACCCUCUUCUCCUGUGACGACUUCUACAUUCUGAGCAGCAGGCUGGUGACACUGGAGACCACCAUCGGCAACAGCAACCCCGUGCUGUGGAAGUACGUGCGGCCUGGGGGCAGCGUGCUGGAGUGGCUGCGCAGCGUGGUGGCCAACCGCCUGGCCCUGGACGGGGCCACGUGGGCCGAUGUCUUCAAGAAGUUCAACAGCGGCACGUACAACAACCAGUGGAUGAUCGUGGACUACAAGGCGUUUGUCCCCGGCGAGUCCAACCCAGGGAGCAGGGUGCUCACCAUCCUGGAACAGAUUCCGGGCAUGGUGGUGGUGGCCGACAAGACCACGGAACUCUAUAAGAAGACCUACUGGGCCAGCUACAACCUGCCGUCCUUUGAGGCCGUCUUCAAUGCUAGUGGGCUGCAGGCGCUGGUGACCCGCUACGGGGACUGGUUCUCCUACGACAAGAGUCCGAGGGCCCAGAUCUUCCGGCGGAACCAGUCCCAGGUGCACGAUAUGGAGUCUAUGAUGCAGCUCAUUCGGUACAACGACUUUCUCCACGACCCGCUGUCCCUGUGCAGCGCCUGCCGCCCCCAGCCCAACGCUGAGAACGCCAUCUCGGCCCGCUCGGACCUCAACCCCACCAACGGCUCCUACCCCUUCCAGGCGCUGCGCCAGCGCUCCCACGGGGGCAUCGACGCCAAGGUGACCAGCUCGGGCCUGGCCAAGUCCCUGCGCCUGUGGGCGGUAAGCGGGCCCACGUGGGACCAGCUGCCCCCAUUCCAGUGGAGCUCGUCGCCCUUCCACAACCUGCUGCACAUGGGUCAGCCUGACCUCUGGAAGUUCUCGCCCGUGGAGUUCGGGUGGGACUGAGCCCACUCUGCUGCCUCCUGCCGCCGCCCGCCACACCUCAGGGCCCGCCUCCCUGCUAUGCCCCAGCGUUACCUGCCGGGUUCACUGUUGCCUCUGGGUGGCCUCCCUGCAGGGUGGGCAUGCCCCCAGGGGGCCCAGUACUGACACCUUCUCCCCUGAUCUGGGCAAAGGCUGUCCCUGCCACCGGACAUCUCUGAUCGCCCUCUGCUUCUCGCUGGCUCGCUCCUGCCUCUGGGGCCCCAACUUCCAGGACCCGAGAGGGGCACGGAGGCCCCUGGCUGGCUGCAGAGUGGCCACAGCCCAUCGCCCUGGACCUCCUCGCCAGGCCCCAGCCCCUCUGCUCCUUGGGGAUGUGACCCCUGCCUCCCCCAUUUCUUCUCCUGGGCUGCUUCCGAGAAGAGGAAACCUGAAACCGAAACCAAAGCGUGCCCGGGGGCCCAAGUGUCCCCCCAUUCCCAGGGCAGCAGCGUGCCAGCCCCUGUGCCUGGCCCUCAGCCCGUCUUCCCCCUGGGCAGCCCUUGCCACCAUUAAAGGAGGGGCCAUGGCCCUUGGCUGUG